CAAUACACGCUUCAAUGGCUAUCUUACGCCGUUCGUGAAAUCUCCCGUGCGACGUGGAGCGCUCACGUAUCCAACAUCGGUUGCCUGACACCGCUAGUCCGCGAUACAGCCUAACCCAAAAGCCGUCAACUCGAAUUUCCUUCUAUGGUCCUGUUCAAAGCCUAUAUCUCUAAACAAGUUAGCAGCGGUUCAAUCAGUCACCAACCACCCAAAGGCUAUCAGUCAUGAUAGCGAUUCAUAACGUUCACAACCGUGACUUUCACAGCCCAGACCAUCACAUUUCCUAUGCAUGUCGGCAAUAGGAACGGAUAGCACAGCGUUAGCUGAGAGGAGAGAAUGCUAUAUAAAUUCCGGUUUCUGCGCCGUCAUGCUUCUCUCGUUUUUUCAUUCAAAAACGCCUUUCGUUUCUUUUGUCUUGGAUCAUUACUUGUAUAUAUCUCUAGGGUGCAGGCCAUCUUUCUCGAGGUCAUCAUCCAUACUAAGAGACUUACAUGCCAGCCACUACCAUGUCCUCCUGGAUCUCGUUCUCCGACAUCUUUUAUUUUACUCGCAAUGCGAGAAAAACGCCUCUCAUCCCAGAGGGCUUCGUCCUUGAAACACCUUUGGAGUCCAAAGCCACUAUGGCAAUCCAGCUCAAGCCAGAGUCUCCAACAUCCCGCUCAACACUUCCCACCAUUUCCAAAUCAACGGUACCUUUGCCUGCGUCUUCCACCCCGCAGACACCCCUGGAGCCAGUCGUUUUCAUAGGAAAUAACAGCACUGAAACCCUUGUCAACGUUGUUUCAAAGCCCGGGUUUCCAACCUCAAUUCUGCAGCUCUACCCAUCUGUCAAUGAGGCUGCGCACACCCGACGCAUAUCGUUCGCAGAUUGUGCCACACCUUCGCGUCCUGUGAAGCCUGUCAACGUCAUUGACGUGGGCCAGGUCUCGUCCAAGCCCUCCGCGGCCGCAGUGGAAAUGCCUGAGCAAGCAAAACCUCUCAGAGAGGACGUCCCCAACACGGAAAAGAAAUCAAAGAGGAAGAGCAUCAUGCGGAGUAUGUCCUUGCUUGGCCCUCGUGCACCCGGCACGAAGGCGCGCCGCUUCUCGGUCCCUGUCUUUUCUUCGCUGACGGAUGGCAUGAAUAAGCGGGCAAACAAGCAGCCGUAGGCCGCUCAGUCCAGGGCGAGGGGAGGAGCACCGGAGUAUCACGAUAGCUUAGGAAGUGAAUUCUGCAGAAAGGCGCACCGAUGUUCGAGCACCACACAUGCUAUCCUUUAUCCUAUGAUAUCUAUAAUUCAACCUUAAUCAUUAAUUACCCACAUGUUGUACUAGGGUGGUCCAUUCACUAUUGCGAACUACUUUGGCUUACAUCGCAAUCUGGACAAUGGUUUAGCAUAUACAUCAUUCAAGACACUGUAGUUCUAUAGUAGGGUAUGGUUCUGGAAUGGAGGAGAUAUGAUACACAUGAUUAGCAUACGGACCGUUUAUUUGAUUAUCAU